AUGCAUGAACUCUCUCUCUCUCUCUCUCUCUCUCUCUCUCUCUCUCUCUCUCUCUCUCUCUCUCUCUCUCUUAACCGAUUUUUCAACUUUUACUACAAUUUUCGGAUGAGAGAAUCAAGUCGACCGAGCCUAGCAGCUGACGGGACCCAGCAUCAGCAGCAGCAUUUGUUCAAACAGUCCUUUUCAGGGCUAACUUCUGAAAGUCAUUCGAUCACCACUCUUCGAGGCUCCACUCACUUCACUCUCUGCUACUGCCUUCCCUCUGAGACGCCAGAUCACUCCUGCAGCUUCCAGCACUCCUGCAGCUUCCAGCUCACUCCUACAGCAUCCAGAUCACUCCUGCAGCUUCCAGCUCACUCCUGCUGCUUCCAGCUCACCCCUGCAGCUUCCAGCACUCCUGCAGCCUCCAGCUCACUCCAGCAGCUUCCAGCUCGCUCCUACGGCUUCCCGCAGUUUCCAGCUCACCCCUGCAGCUUCCAGCAAUCUCCGGCUCACUCCUGCAGCGACCAGUUCCAACCUCCGGAUACCGUUCCCGAACAAACGACCUCUGUCGUCUUUUCACCCACUGAGUCAAAGAAAUAUCAAGUCUCCGUGAUCCACUUUUUUUUACAAAUUUUGUCGAUCGCAGUACUGUUACGUUUUCUAUUUGUUCUUUCAUUUAAAUUUUCUCUGACUUUUCAAUUGUUUAAUUUUAAAAAUUAUUCUUCAUUUUCUUUUCUUUUUCUUCUCUCUCCAUUAUCCUUCUCCUUUUCUUUACUCUCCAUUAUCCUUUUCCUUCACUUCUUUUCUUUUUCUUCACUCACCUUCUCCACUCAUCCUUCUUUUUUCUUCACUCUCCACUAUCCUUCUCCUUCUUUUCUUUUUCUUCACACUCCACUAUCCUUCUCCUUCACUUCUUUUCUUUUUCUUCACUCUCCACUAUCCUUCUCCUUUGCUUCUCUUUGUAUACUUUUCCGUCUUUUCUAUUUUCCUUUACAUUUCUCUACCUUCCCUUAUUCUUUUAUCCCCUUCUACUUAACCUUCUCUUUUUAUCACUCUUUUCUUGCUUUUAUUUUGCAUCCUCUGUCACUUGAAAUGUUUUCUUCUUUAUUGCCUCCUACUUCUAUUUAA